UUGUGCUGGUUUUAUUUCUAUGGGGUGUUUGCUGGCUGUGUCCGUGUGUUAGUGCCCAGCUCGCGGUUGUGUCGGGGUGGUGGAUAUCAUUUUUUUUUAUUUUUUUUUUUUAAUUUUUGCUUAGCAUCUGCCACCGAGACCGCAAGGCGUGCAGCUUUGCAGGGGUGCCUGCUAGGAUGCCAGCAUCGGCACCAUGGCUUCGGGGACCCUGCUGGGUAGGACAUGGCAGUGCCCUAGGGCCCUGAUACAUAGCAGCAGCAGCAGAGGGUCAGCAGGCCCUGUGCAUGAGCAUAGAGCUGCGUGUGGUGUGCAUUGGCUUUAAUGCACUGUAUGCAAUCCCUGCAGCACUAUAAGGCUCCCCCGGGCACUGGUCAUGGCACCGAGCCCGCUGGAGUUCAAGGAGCAUUCACAGACACAGGCUGUGGUGUUCGGGUGGCCCUGCGUGCAGCCAGGAGCUGGGGUCCAUGACCCUUGUGGGUCCCUUCCAGCUCAGGAUAUUCCACGAAUCUAUAAAAUGACUGUGUCUUUCAGGGUAAAUUCUGCAGGUGGCCAAAGGUAAACUUUCUGGCAAAGAGGUCAAGUGAUAGCAGUGUUAUGAGAUAGCGUUUCCUGUCUUGGAAGAAAACAACCUAACAGUUUUUCUUAAUUUCUAACUAGUUUUCUAAAACUAAUUCCAGUGAGAACACUGCUCUGCAUGUAGAUGUCUUGUGAGUUACAUCUAUGGAUAAGGAAGGUCAUACAGCGUGCGUGCCUGCCAGGGUGCCCAGAUUUCAGAUCCAGACCAAAUCAGUUCCUUCCCCAGACCCGUGUUGGUGACAGCUGGGGACACGCUCCGUGGUAGCUGUGCCACCAGCAGGAUCUAGGUGCUACCACCCUGUGGCACUCAGGGCAAGGAGGCUGAGUCUUCUCUUUCAGCGCUGUCCUUGGGCUGCCCCAGCCUGAAGGAGCAGGAGAGGAGUGUACCUGUCCUUUACACCCACCUGAGGACAACUGGCACAGGGUGGAAUUAUGUCCUAGGCCAUGCAAUGUGCACGAGGAGGCAUGGCUGUGAUGGAAGAGAUGCUGUGGUGAGGCAGAACGCCUCCUGAGCUCAGCCUGGAGAGCUGCAGGUCCUUACCCUCCCUGGGGCUGCAGCGUUAUGUGCACAACUCUUUCACAAGGGAGGUUCAUUGAUCUUUUGUAAGGAUAAAAAUUUUGCAGCUUUUCAUGCGAAUGGAAAGGAGGAGUCAAAGUGUUCCUGUUAACUUCUGCACAGGUAUCUGUAGUGACCAGCAGUGAUGUGUUAAAGGGACAUAUAAAUAAGUAGAAUUUAAAUGCCUUUUUUUCCCCCCCUUUAAAUAAUAUCCAGACAAAAGAAGUGAACGUAAUCUGAGCAGUUUCAAUGAUGGAAGAUUGCCGUGAGAACAUCAGAGUUGCAUAUGCUAAGUCAAGAAGUUCUAAUUCUAAAAUUGCCCAUGCAGCCUUAAUUUUAUCUUCAGACUACUGUUUACUUUGAGAAACAAUAAAUGGCCUUAUAAAUAAAGAUUUUUCUAAGAGUAUUACGUUACAUCUUUUCCCCUGUGGAUGCACAUCCUAUAGCAGUGUCCCAUCUUGUGCCUGACAAAUCUCAUCCAUGCCAGAUACGUAUGGAAGAUGCAGCAGGCACUCAUGCAUAAUUAAGCAGAUAGAUUCCAAUUGCCAUUUAGUGUAGAUCACUUUAUAUUCUUCUCUGAAGUAUUUAGCUAUAAUUUACUCUCUUUUUAAGGAAGAGGCCCACUAUGGUAUUGAAGCAGGACUCUGAUGGUAUUGCUUGGCUGCUUGCAUAGCUGAUGUAAGAUGCCUUGAUAGACCUGUGUUAUGAUCCAUUUUACCAUCUACAAUAUGAACUAAUUCCAUCAAUAGCCCUGGUGAAAUUGAUUGGACAGAGUACUAGUUGAGGAAACUAAAGACAGGAACAUCUUUUUCCAUAAUUCUGUUUAGCCAGGAUAACCUAUGCCGAAAGUCAGAGAGAAGUUAGGUGACAGUACAGAAAUUACACUGCUGAUGAGUGAUUUACACCAGGCUGUUCCUGUGUUUCCUCUUUCUUCUUCAUGAUGGAUUUUGUUUUAUUAUGUUUCAAUUAGUUGUCAUAAACUUGUUUUUGAUUUUGUUUUUAUGGUCACCUUUUGGUUCAUGUUUUUCCUUUUUCUUACCUUUAGUUGCUAAUAGUAAUGGAACUUUCUCCAAUCUUGUAUUAUUUAAAAAUCUGGUUUUAGAGGUAAAGAUUUCAGAAAUGCUUUUGUCACUUGAGUGUUUUAGUCCUACUGAUUAUUUUUUUCCCUAAUAGUAUAUAGACCUCUCUGGAGCCAGACUUUCAAAGGUGAUAGAGUAUCUAAAAAUGCAGUCAUCAACUAGGAUUUUCCAGAGCUUGAACAUAGAAAGGUCUGAAGAGGACUCCUCAUCCUUCAGACGUAGCAUGCCCACAGUCUUCCUGGCCAAUGAUUCUUUUACAGCAAGCAGGACUUCUUCCUCAUCCUGAGAAGCCUCCAUCUCUUCCUAUGUCAGUGGCUACAAGGCCCAGAGCCACCUCACCGCUGUCCCCACCCAAACCUCUCGGACUGGGGCCUUCCCUUCACCACGCACAAGACGAAGAGCUUGCAAAGGCGGUGGAGCAGGACCCUAUGCUGGAGGAACUAUGUAAGCCUCUGUGCUGUAAGCUUUGCAAUGUCACGCUGAAUUCAGCACAACAAGCCCAGGCUCAUUACCAGGGUAAAAACCAUAGUAAGAAACUCCGAAAUUACUAUGCUGCCAAUAGCUGUCCGGCACCUGCCAGGAUGAGUAAUGCAGUUGAGCCUGCCCCGCCUCAGGUUGUCUCCCUUCCAGCUCAGAUGGGAUCCAGUAAACCAGGUGGCCGAGUGAUCUUGGCCACAGAGAAUGAUUACUGCAAGCUUUGUGAUGCCUCGUUUAGUUCUCCGGCUGUGGCGCAGGCUCACUACCAAGGGAAAAAUCAUGCCAAACGGCUGCGUCUUGCAGAAGCACAGAAUAAUUCAUUCUCGGAUGCAUCGGAACUAGGCAAACGGAGGACAAGGAAAGAAGGGAAUGAAUAUAAGAUGAUGCAGAACAGAAGAAAUAUGUAUACAGUUCAAAACAACACAGGUCCCUACUUCAAUCCCCGCUCGCGGCAGAGGAUCCCUCGGGAUUUGGCCAUGUGUGUCACCCCCAGCGGCCAGUUCUACUGCUCCAUGUGCAACGCCGGGGCCAGCGAGGAGAUGGAGUUCAGGCAGCACUUAGAAAGCAAACAGCAUAAAAGCAAGGUGUCCGAACAGCGGUACAGAAAUGAAAUGGAGAACCUAGGCUAUGUACAAUGACGCGCCGCCCUCGGUAGUAGUUUGCAAAUAGAGCAGCUUGUCUCUCGCCUGCUGUUUGCCACAUGCCCUGCUUUGUGCUCCAUUUGAUAGGAGCAUGCUCUCGAGCUAUACGUGUAACACCUGCAAACUUAAUGGUAUGGUUAGAUUUUUUUUCUAUCAUAGUUGGCAGGAUGACGCUGUGCAGGACAUGAAGUGUUUUUGAUGUUUGUUUGCUAGUUAUCUAAGGCUCUUCGUUGUGUUGAGUGGCUGGGGGGACUUUGUUGUCUCCCCGGCCUUCUGCAUGAAUAUGCAAAGACCAAGAAGUGCUGGGAACUUCUGUGGUUCCACCACACAGGUGAACCAUGUGCAAAGCCCGCUCCCCUCUUUGUGUGCCGCAGAGCAGUGCUCCCGAAUGUCUCCCUACAGCAGAGUGAAUCUCUGGGCAGCUUGUGAAAGAGGGGUAGGAAUGGGGCCUGUGAAUGUCCAAGCUAAGGGUGUACUUGUCCACAAAUUGCUGCUUGUGGCCCUCAUUGCAGCCUGCAGUAAGUUCUUUCCACAUGCCUGUAAAAAGGCUACGCACGCCUCUCCACUUUGGAGGGUCUUGCCUCUUACCCAUUUCUCUGUGAUGCAGAUUUCAUUCUGAAGAUCUGACAGUAGAUGCCAGCUGAUUAGCCACAUCCAGAAAUGCUCUUCUACCAAACAGUUAAUGAAAAUGGAUUUUGGCAUUGUUGGCUGGGUACCUUAACGCACCGUGGGUGUAGCUCAUCUCCCUGAAGAGAGCCUGUGGGGAUUUCAGUGGCUAAAUGCAGUGAAUCGAAAAGCAAACCUGCUCAGGUGAGAUGUGCUGUGCACUGAUUCCACGUUAGCCAGGGUAGGGUUAGGGAUAGGUUGCAAGGAGCUGUUGGGUGUAAUUUCUUUGCAUAGUGAUGUAGAAGAGAGCGAGUGUUAGUGUUUGGUGCACAGCUCUAUUCCUUGGGAGAGCUGGGCUGCCAGGACCCUGGGAAGCAGAAGUCAUUGUGUCCCACUUCCAUGCCAUUCCCUCGACAAAGCCCACUGGGUGUUAAAGAGGAGAGGUUAAAUGUUCCUUUGAACUAGGGCUACCAAUAUUGGAUAAACUUUUUCCCCUCUUUCUUUUCCCAUCUCAAACUGGGUUUUGAUUCCAUUCCUUGAUGUGAACUUCACUGUUUUAGGGACCAUAAAAAUCCAAAGUUAGGUAGGAUGUAAAUGUCAGGGGUAAUGAUUGGUUAAGUAAGAGCUUUUUGGCCAUGCAGAAGUAUUCAUGAAACUUGUUAACUUUUUAAAUGUCAAUAAAGGGUGUGUGUUUUGGUGUUCCUCAGUGGAAGUGGAAAGGAGAUAAAGACCAGAAGUAGGGCUGGCAUUUUUCUGCUCAUUUAGGUAGCUGUGAAGCUGUGACUGGAAUCCAGUUCACAGUUUUUCUAUAGCAUUGGCUCCAGUGGCAAGUGCAGCAUGUAGCUAACCUCUCCUGGACCUGAUUUCCACUGUGCUGCUAUAGCUGUACGCCGGUAUAGCUUCAUCGACUUCAGUGGCAGGUGCAGGGAGGGAGUAGAGGAAGCAUCAUGCCUUGACUCUCGCUCCUCUUUAGGCAGAUUGAAUUAGAUGCAGCUCCAUUGGUUUCAGUAGCAUUUUACCAGGGAUAAAUUGUACCUAGUACAUGAUGUUGAAGGUAACCCUGCCCCCUUUCCCCAUUCUCCAACCCCCACCUGUUUUUGCCAUUCUGAUCCUGCUUCUUGCAUUCCAGGAGCAUUUUCUGCUUGCCUUAAAAAAUGAAAAACGACUCAACAAACAAAAAAUCCAGAUAGUUUUUGGUAAUCUUUCUAGUCCACUUCAGAAGGGCUUGUCUCACUUGGCUGCUCAAAAGAGAAGGCUGCUCCCCAGAAGCUGUGUAUUGUUCUCUCUGCCUACCUGAGCAUGAGCUAUCCAUGUGACUUUAACACAGCCUUCCUAAAUCCAGGCAGGGUGAGUUCUUGCAAAAAGAAGAAGAAAAAAAACCAACAACCCUCUGCAUCAUUCCAGGCUGAUUCUUGCCUCGUGAAUACGGGCAGGGCAAUGGACAUCCUUUUGCAUGGGAUUCCCUCCCCUCCGUUGUGCAAAGCCCAGUUUUGUGGGCUUUGUGCACUGGAGCACAUUAGAAGGUAGGAAGGAGAACAGGUGUCCCGGUUGAAAAGCACUCACUGGGCAGUUUUCACAGCCUCUAAGUCUGUUUCUCCUGUGCUGUCCUGCCCCCUGCUCACCUUCUUUGCAACCUUGAAGACCAUUCCCCUUGCAAAAGUCUCCUGUCAGCAUUUAGCCCUCAUCCUUUGCAGUCAAAGGGCUGGUUUUCUCUUUGUGUUCUGUCUUUUUCCUAGUCUGACACCACUGCGAAGGGACAGAAGGAGCUGGGUGAGCCGUACCACAAGUGUGUUUGACCAGCGUGGUCCCUGCGUUGUGGUUAAACGUCCCUCUUGCUGUAAAUGAAAGCGUGGUGUUUUCCCAUAUUCGGGAGGCAGCACGUGGGAUGCAGGUGGCUGUGCUUGCGGGCUGCUCCCCUGCAAGGGAGUCUGGUUUUGAGGAAUGGCUCGAGUCUCCCCUGAACAGACACCUAGCUGGUUUGGUUUUUCACAGGAAAACAAGCAGUGAGUGUCGUCAUCCUGAGAAUUUCAAAGCGGAGGGUUGUGUAGCAGGCGUAAAGCAGGCAGUGAGAUUCCAGCGGCAGGAGAAGGACGGGUUUGCUAGGUGGGAGGAAAGCAGCUGGGGAUUAAUUGCUUUGCCCCAGCCCUCUGUUGUGGCCCUUCUCUGCAAGUGACCAAAGCUUGCCUCUCCCUUUCCAGCAUUGCUUAAUGGUUUGUGUUCUUCCCACUCUCCCUCCAGCACAGAAAACUGUUGACUACAAAGAGAAAACACCUCACCCCACUAAUAUCUGCAGGGUUCGAGCCAAUCCAAACUCAUACUUUUCAGCAUGAGAAGCAGGGUGGGUCCUGAUUUUAUUUUUUUCGUGAAAGCUGUUCUCCAAAUCAGCAGUCAGAAGGCAUAUUGAAAACAUGUCCUGGCAAAAUCCUAUUAGUCAUAGGUGGGACGGGGAGAAUAACAUACAGCUGUAGUACCAUUUUCCAGACUCAGUCUUUUUCUCAAGUUAGUCAAAGUACCAAGCUCAAGAAAUAGGACUUCUGUGAAACUGUCACAUUGGCCAGUAGGUUAAUGACCUUUGCUGCUAGAAACAAAAUAUAAAUCAAUGUGUUGAUAUUUAUUUUACUGCGCUGACCACUAAUUGACUUGUUGAUAUUUAAGGCAUUAUUAUGUAGGUUGUUUUUGUUUAAAUAGAAAACUCUACAUCGCACUUUGCUUUUGGAUCAGAAAUGAUAUUUAUUGUAUUUGUGAAAAUGUUUUUCUUCCCACGUUAUGUAUUUUUUUUUCUUUCCCUUGAUGCAAAAACCUUGCCCCCCCCCAAAAAAAAGAAAACACAAACAAAAAAAACCAAUGCAACCUACAGAUUUUCUUUGUUUCUUUUCAUGUCAAACAAAUUUGGAAUUUCCAUGCAGCUCUUUCUUAAAUAUCCAUUUGAAGUUUGUUGUUUUUUUUUUUUUUUUCCCUCCAGUGGUUCCUUUGGUAACUUGGGAUGAUAUUUUUAGAGACACAUGAAGUUUGUACUACAUUUAAGCAUUUCUUUUAUGGCAAGGAAGUAAACUGUGGAAUCCAUGUAUUUGUGAGAAGUACGAAGAUGAUACUAUUUUGUUUGUACUAAGCAUUAGCUGCAUUAGCUGUCAUUUCGCAUUCUGCACUAAUGGGAAAACGUGGUGGAAUCUUGCCUAACGUUGCUCUAAUUUUGACUUUUUGCUUUUUUUGGUAUACAUCAAGAAGAACCCUGAAAACUUCUGUGGAGUUGCUUACAAUGGUCAUCAGUGUAACAAAACGCAUUUUUUUCUAUAAGGCUUCUGUCUUUUUUCCUUUUCUAGGUGCUCAUUAUAGGGCAUUAGAAGGGAAAGCUAUCGCCAUGGCACGGGUUCCUAUUUUGGCUUACUAAUGCAUGAAGUCCUUUUGCUACAUUACUUAAGUAAUGUUCUUGCUGUAACCAAUGGAGUAAAUGAAAUACCCUAGCUAAAUAUAUUAUGUUGGCUAGGGCCAGGGAAAAUACAUUGCUGAAAUCUGUGUCUUUUACUUCUGUGUUUGGGUUACAAAACUCUUAAGGUUAUGCUUUUUUUGAGGAAUGUGUAUCUUGUUCUGUAAGGAUUUGGUCCUGCUCCAUCUAAAAUAGUUUGAAGUACGUUGACUUUAGCCAACUAGGAGCAAGCCAUGAAACCCUUCAGGAAUUUCAUACUGCUGAUGUUUUCUCAUGUGCUUUUCUUUUUUUUUUUUUUUUUUAAUUUUACAACCAUGCAUACAAGGGUGCUCUGGAUGAGAAGGACAUCUGUUGCCAAUUAUGGAAAACCAAAUGUCAGGGUUUGUAACAGACAAAGAAAAAGAACGGACCAGGUUUCUUUGAAGUUAGUGGCUAAGCUCCUGUUUUGAGCUGGGCCAGUUUCUUUACUAUUUGCAUGAAGUUGGAAGUGAAGAUAAAAUCCACUUGCAAAUAAAUGUGGUCCAACAGUAGUUUGGGGAAUCUCUCCUUCAAAAAAGUAUCACAAUUAAAAUCUUUUUAUCUAAAGUAUCUGCAGAUACAGGCAGGACUGUGGAUUUUUAUUUUUAAUUUUUUAAAAUAAAUCGGUUUUCAGUCUGUAUUUUUCAGGGGAGGAAUGACUUGAUUUAAUUUCCUUCUGCAUCUGUCCAGCAACAUCAUUUGCAAGUGCUUUGAACGUGUUUCAUCUAGAGCUGCCUUGUCAGGUUGGUUUUGUACAUUUGUCCUUCUUUUGUUUAUGUUGUACUGAUCCCCCUGAGGGAAUAGUUGAUGAAACUGAUUUUUUUUUUCUUCAAUAUAUAAUAAAUCAUCUUGCUCUUAUCAUUGUA